AUAGCUUACUGGUUGAUUAUUGUAGAGAACCACUGUGAAGUGAGCUAGGGACUUUCAUUUGUUAUGAUUAUGUUUUAUCGAAGUGAUGUUGAUUUACAACACUGAGACAGGGCAAGCUAGGGUUAUUAGACAGUUUUAGGACAGUGCAGGAGGGGACCUUUAAAGAAUUCAGGAAGGCUUCAGAGAUAAGGACGAGCAAGGAAAUGAAACCAAUUCCACUGGGAAAAACAAACAUCCCAGCACCACAGAUAAUCUUGUUAAGGAUGGUCCUGGUUUUCUUCAGAUGAUAAGAUAAAGUGUAAAGAUGCUCACCGGGAGGGCUAGACCAUAAAAAUAAAGAUAUAACAAAUGGGGAAAGACAGACCUGUUAGAUAAGGAAUGUGAAGAUCCCCCACUCAGUAGCAAAUUAAGUAAGAGAGCCAAAAACUGACCAAUCACAAAGAGACUGGUAGAGCUUUAGAAUAAUCAGGGAAAGAAAGUCUAUAUUCCCUGAGACACGACUUCACUUUGGCUUCCUUGCCCCUCCCAGGCCUGGUUUCCUGGCCUGGGAGUCCCACUUUAUUUCUGUUCUUUUUCUCCUCAAUAAACUUUUUCUUUCUCUAAACAAACUGCCUCUUCUCGCUUGCUUGCCUGAGCGUCUGCGAAGUUCCUGCUGGGGCUUCGUGAGACACCAACCCGUGGGGGGUCUAGCGGCUGGGGCUCAGCGCUGCCCUGCUGCCCUGCAGCCUGAAAUCCGAUCCUGGCUGGGAGACGCCUGACAAUUCCGGCAUCAUUUUGGGGGCUAGUCCGGGAUCUCACAAGAUUUUGGAUGGGAGCCUCCUCGUCAGCCUUGCAAAGGAGACACGCGUCUCUCCUGCAUCUUAGAAUUGAGACCAAUUUUCAGGAGUAAUUGGCUCCUAUCUCACCUGUUGCUUCUCUUAGCAUAUGGAUCAGACCUGGACACCAGUUGUGCCUUACCUGGGAGCCUACAAUUUUCUCAUGGUGAAUGCUUGCUGGAUUUGACUCUUGAUUGCUGGCAACUCCUGGACAGGAAAAAUGGCUAUGAUCAGACUGGGGCUUGGAAACCAGAAUUUUCAUCUGUUAAACAAGAGGACGUUUUUGCUGUUGAAACUUGCAGCUAGUAUCUUUGCUGUGCUUCUGUUUUGUGAAUUUUUAAUCUAUUACUUAGUGAUCUUUCAGUGUAAUUGGCCUGAAGUGAAAACUCCAGCUUAUGAUGGUAAACAGAAGAAGCUUGAACCUGUGCUGAAAGCCAUGUUUUUGGCUGAUACCCACUUGCUUGGGGAAGUGAGAGGCCACUGGCUCGAUAAAUUACGAAGAGAAUGGCAAAUGGAGAGAGCCUUCCAGACGGCCCUGUGGUUAUUGCAGCCAGAAGUCGUCUUCAUUCUGGGGGACAUCUUUGAUGAGGGGAAGUGGAGCUCCCCCCAGGCCUGGGCGGAUGAUGUGGAGAGGUUUCAGAAAAUGUUCAGACACCCACAGCAUGUGCAGCUGAAGGUGGUUGCUGGCAACCAUGACAUUGGUUUCCACUAUGAGAUGAACACAUACAAAAUAAAACGCUUUGAGAAAGUUUUCAACCCUGAGAGACUGUUUUCUUGGAAAGGAAUUAAUUUUGUGAUGGUCAACAGUGUUGCCCUGGAAGGGGACAACUGCAGAAUUUGCUCUGAAGCAGAAGCUGAACUCACUGAAAUUUCUCAUAGACUGAACUGCUCCCGAGAGGAACACCACUCUAGCCAGUGUGGAGACAGGCUGCUGCUGCCUGCAUCGGCCCCAAUCCUGCUGCAGCACUUCCCGCUUUACCGGAGAAGCGAUGCUAACUGUUCAGGAGAGGAUGCCGCGCCCCCAGAAGAAAGAGGCAUCCCCUUCAAGGAGAGAUACGAUGUGCUUUCUCGGGAGGCUUCACAAAAGCUGUUGUGGUGGCUGCGGCCGCGGCUGGUCCUGAGUGGCCACACGCACAAUGCCUGCAAGGUGCUCCAUGGGGCGGGCCUGCUGGAGCUCAGCGUGCCUUCCUUUAGUUGGAGGAACAGAAACAACCCCAGCUUCAUCAUGGGCAGCAUGACACCCACAGGGUAUGCUCUAGCCAAGUGUUUCCUCCCUUCGGAAUACACAGUUUUGACCACGUACUGUGGAGCAGCCACAUUCCUGGUAGUCCUCAUAUUAGUUCACUUGGCGCUAAUACCCUCACCUCUUCAUUUAGGUUGGAACCUGCUUAGAAAAUACAAGACAAAGUGAAGAGCUGGAGAUUUUUGCAUUUAGUAAUAAAUAUUAAAGUCAGAGAAACUGAACUCCAGGUGGUAUUACUGUUAGGUGAGGCCAAAGUAGUCUGUCUCUAUGCCCAUCAUAGAAAUUCUAAAUCACUGAUGCAAACCACUGCAGAAUAAAUAGUUGAUUGUACUGUUCUCAUGCUAUAAAAAUGGAACAUGUACUCUAAACAAGUCUGUUUUCUCAUUUUAUCAAAUAUAUGUAUAAUCAAAGAUUGUAUCUGUACAAUAUGUAAAAGCUAUUAAUGUCAUCAAUUGCAUGCACUAGGUAGUCUUUCCUUCCCCAGGAUGGAGCCAGCAACUCUGGAACACACUUGAGAUUAGGUGUCCACAGACAUUGGGUUUGCUUCUGUCCUCCCAUGAAGUGGUUCUCAAAUUCCUGUAAAUUAUAAGGCUGUAAACUUAAAAGUACAGAUGCUACAAGAAGUAAUAUAUUGUUUUCACAGAUUUUCAUAUUUUUUGUGCUAAAUUAAUGGAAUCAUAUUUUUAGAUAAAUAUAAUUGUCUCUCCAGCAGAACAAGUUUUUAAAUCUGAAUUAAAUGCUUGUCAAUGACCAAAUGAAGCUUGAAACAUGGACUAGUAAAUGUUUUGAUGAUUUUAAGCGAGAUAAAAUGUAUUUUCUUGUUUUUUUUUCUCUUAAGAGUCUAGCUCUUUAACUUUUAAAAAGAUAGAGAAUUAUUGAGUAGUAAUGCAUAAAACAGUAUACAACACUUUUGUGUAUCCGAGGGUUUAUAUUUUUCAUUUAUUCUUCAUGUUUUACUUAAAAGUGCAACAGGAACUGAAAAUAAUUUACACGUUAUAUGUCUCCGUUCAAAUGAGAGUUUCAUGAAGCUGUUAAGGAUGAGGUGUCAGAACUGGCUGAUAAUAAAAUAAAGUGUUGCAUUGACUAUAAAGUUGU